AUGGACAGCGCUCUAAUGAACGAUAUUGACCGCGUGAGUGGGCUUAGCAAGCAAGGACACUAUGACUUCCUCAUUGUUGGAAGUGGCCUGGCCGGCGGAGUUCUUGCAAGACAACUCAUUGGGAACGACAAGAAGGUUCUCUUGAUCGAAAAAGGCGGAUUAGAAUUCUCGACUCACUGUCUCAAUACAUCCCGCCCUCACUGGCAAAUCGGCAGCACCGAAGGACCUUCUCAGGACAACGAUGCAGUAUAUGCAGCAGUGAAGCAAAAAGUCCAUACCGCUGCAGGCUCUGACCCUUACGCCGGCGGUCCAGUCUACAAUCUCGGCGGUCGAAGCAAUAUGUGGGGCUUGUACAGUCCAGCACUGGCCGAAAGAAAGCAUCGCAAAUACUUUCCCAGCGAGAUUUCCGACUACCUCGAAAAGGGAGGUUAUCGGAAAGCUUUCGGCCUCUUUAUAAAUGAAUCGCAAGAUUAUGUCAAGAACGUGUACCCACAAAACGACAUUGCAGUGACCGAGAUGAGCGACGCUGAGACGAACUUGAAUGAAGCUAUGGAGCAAUUUUACAAGAAUUGGAUGCCUACCACGAAAUCAUUCCCGAAAGUUUCUUUAUCGCCAAUGGCAGCAGAAUUCAAAUCUUCCGAGCUGUACAAUUUUCCACAAGGCGCCUACAGCACCGUCGAUUUUCUUCUCGAUCGCACCUAUGCUCGAGAUGCGAACCUAACCAUCCUACUAAACACCGAAGUCUUAACUUUCCCCAUCGAUACCGAUAAAGAUAUACCCUCGGUGAUAGUAAGAUCCUCUUCCAACAGCGGUAUCUAUCGCCUUUUCGCCAACAAAAUCAUCCUCUGUGCUGGCACCCUCGGAACAGCCGCGAUCGCCCUCAACAGCGGUCUACAGAAGUCGGUUCCCCUCGUCGGCAAGGGACUAACCGAUCACGAGAUCUGGGGUAUUCGAUUCCUCCAAAAGAAGAAGUCUGACGAUAUCAUCAGCAAGAACGGUCAUCUUGUCCACCAAAACGCCGCAGCAGACGACAACGACAACGACGAACACGACACGAUCAACAUCACCAUCGAAACCCACACCGACCUCUCCCAAGUGAACGAGGUCCUGAACACCCCCACCUCCGACCCAACCGUCUAUAUCAAACACGAAGUCAAGAACCAGAAAUCCUACGCCAACAAGCAAACGGAGAUGCAAGACCUCGCCACCCAGAUCCGCAACAAACUUCUGAUUAUCAGCUGCACCGAUCCAUCGUCUCCGCUCUCCAGGGCAGGAUUCGGAGCUGUGGCGCAUGAGGUCGGGACCAUGCGGAUGCAAGGGCCCAAGACCAAGGGCAAGGGCGAGUAUGUGAUUGAUAAAAACUUAGAGUUACAGGGUGGUGGCGGGCUGAACGGUAUUUAUGUGUGUGAUUUGUCUAUUUUUCCCUUCAGCCCCCCUGCAAAUCCGUCGUUGACGCUGGCGGCGAUUGCGAUGUGGCUUGGAGAUAGACUGGUUCAAGG